UUCUGGAUUGCCUUGGCCUCUGCGCUGGUCCCCCCGCUGCCCUCCCCUGUCCCUCCACAGAACUGAGCUGGGGGGGGGGAUGCAAGUAAAGAGCCUAGUGCAGCCCCAGCUGGUGCCCCUGUUUCCUGAAGAGGGCUCAGCCUAGAGCCAUUAGUCUGAGCCUGCCUCUACCACUUCCCCCGGCCCUCCUGGCAUUUAAUCUGGCGGGAGCGUGGGCUGCCUGCAAACUCCUGAGUGCUGGGGCUUGUCCCGCUCCCCCUGGGGCCCCUUGGCCGGCAGCCCUGGGAGUGAGUGACAGGCCCGGGGAUGGGACAAAGGCAUUCUCCCCAGCCCUGCUGCCCCCUCAAGCUUGAGUCCUAACUGCACCACUGCUUCCCCUCCCCCUCCUCCCCCAGGCAGCCUGGCUGCUUGCCCCGGCCUGUGAGUCAGCUGGGAGCAGCCCUGGAGGUGGCACUGCCUGGGAGAGCUGCACACCUUGGUGCAGGCGAGAGGAGGCAGGGAUCCCAGGGCUCCGGAGCAGGGAGAACAAGGGACAGACCUGAGUCCCAGCAGGCCCCACCUCCAGCAGGGAGAGAGAAGGCCAGAGCAGGAGUCCUGACCCCCCAGUGCAGUACUGGGGACACAGACCUGCCGCAUGGCGAAGAGCCCCGGCUGCUGCCCUGGCUGCUGCCAGGGCUGUGCCACCUGCCUGCUCGGCCUGUACAGCUGCCGCUGGGCCAAGAACAAAAGGAAAGGCCUGAGAACCACCAAGUGCGACUGUAGCUGGUUCUUCUUCCUCUUCUGCGUCUGCCUCUUCGCACUCGUAUGGCUCUACCAUGCCCUCAUCAUCCUCAAUGACUUCCACAACUUCAAUGAGUUCUUCUUCAGACAGACGCAGUGGUGGGUAGACUGGUCCCUGCCCCUGCUCGGAGUCACGGUGCUGCUGGUCACAUAUUCGGCCCUGCUGCUGGUUCUCGCUCUGUGCCUGCAGCUCUGUGGCCAGCCCUUGAAAUUGCAUUGUCUGCACAAGUGCCUGCUGAUCCUCACUGCCCUGGUCGUGGCCGCAGGCUUCGUCGCACUCGAUGUGAAGUGGGCUGAGCAGUGGCAGAGCGCGCGCAUCUCUCUGCAGGCGACUGGCCCCUUCCUGCACAUUGGAGCCGUGGCAGGUGUGACGCUGCUUGCCUGGCCCAUGGCCGACUGCUUCUAUCGUACUCGCCGUGCAGCCCCCAAGGUGCUGCUACUGCUGGUGUAUUUUGGUGUGACAACUGCACUGUACCUGGCUCCCCUGAUGAUCUCCUCGCCCUGCCUCAUAGAGGACAACCAGCUGCCCCCCAAACCAGCGCUGUCUGGGCACCGUGGGGCCCCCAUGCUGGCUCCAGAGAACACCCUGAUGUCAUUCCAGAAGUCAGUGGGCUGUGACGUGCGUGUGUUUGAGACUGAUGUCAUGGUGAGUGCUGAUGGGAUCCCCUUCCUCAUGCACGACGAGACACUCACCCGGACCACCAACGUGCAAGAGGUGUUCCCUGCCCGGGCCACCAUGAACGGCACAGCCUUCAACUGGACUGAUCUCCAGCAACUCGACGCCGGCAGCUGGUUCCUGGAGAGGAAUCCAUUCCGCUCGGCGCAGGGCCUCUCCAGCGAGGCGCGAGUCCAAGUGCGGGCACAGAAGAUCCCGUCCCUGCAGCAGGUGCUGCAGGAGGCCAAGCAGCACAACGUCUCCAUCAUGUUCGACCUCCGGCCCGAGAACCACACGGACUACCAGAGCUUUGUUAACGUCACCGUGGAGACCAUCCUCCGGUCGGGCAUCCCGCCGCAGCUGAUUCUCUGGCUGCCCGACGGGUUCAGGGAACAGGUCAGACAGCAGGCACCAGGAUUUCAGCAAAUCUACAGUCUGAAGAGCAGCUGGAAUGAAACAGAGUCUCCGCUGCAAGUGAACCUGCCGUACCAGGACAUCAGCACAGAGCAAAUUGGCCGGUAUCGCCAGGACAACAUCUCCGUCAAUCUGUACGUGGUCAAUGAGCCCUGGCUCUUUUCCGUGCUGUGGUGCGCAGGGGCUGGCUCCGUCACCACCAACGCCUGCCAGGUGCUGAAGGAGAUGAAGCGUCCCCUCUGGCUGCUCCCCCACAGCACCUACGUGAUGGUCUGGAUUGUGACCGACUGCGUCUCCUUCCUCCUGAUCCUCUCGGCCUUCCUCCUGCUGCAGAAAUGCUCCAGGAGAAAAGAAUCAGCAGGGUCCAAGACAGAUGUGCUGCUAACGAAGAUCAACAGCCUCAUGCAGGAAUGACGCCCAGCCCCCGCAGUGCCUGGUGGUGGAGGGGUUUGAGCGGGGCACAGGUGGUGUUUAGCAGGAAGUGCCCAGACUUGCUCCUGCCAGCCUUGAAUGUCCUUUCCUCUGCAGGGCCCUUUCCAGAAACCCUCAGUCUCUGCCCUGUCCUGCAGUGGGCUGGGGCCGGGUUUAUCCUGCCCCCAUGGGCACAUCUCCCCUGCAGGUCAGGGGCCUGUGCAGAAACCCCCUGGGUGAUGGGUCUGUGUCCUACAGUAGACAGGCAUGUGUUCACCUCUCCAUGGGGGCAGAGCUGGGGUUGGACACAGAUCUUGGCCUUGCAGCCUCCUGGGGCUGUGGGAGCAGAUACUGUCUGGAGACUCCUCACUCAACCAGCUGGGAUUCUCCUUGG